AUGCCUCUUCAAACUGUUGGUAAAAGAGGUCACAGAGGUUCUGAUUUCUUUCUUCCCCCCAGCUCGAGAAAGGAGUGUAGAGAGCAGAUCCAGUUGCAUGUGGACGUCUUGGAGCAAAAGGAGCAGGAACUGGUACACAUGAAAGCUCAAGAUGAAGAGAAGAUCAUCAACUUCAUGGACCUGGUGAAGUUUGAGAAGCAACGGGUCCACACAGAAUUCAAACACCUGCACCAGAUGUUGGAGGAAAAGGAGAGCAUCGUCCUGUCCAGCAUCAAGUGGGUAGAGGAAGAGGGUGCCAAGAAAUGUGAACACUACAAUACUUCUACCCAGGAACAGCUCAUGUUGCUCAAACAGCUCAAGGAUUCCUUGAAGGCCAAACAGCAGAUGCCACCAAGACAGCUGCUACAGGACAUCAAAGACAUUUUGCACAGGAGUGAAGAGUUUCAAUUUCAGCUUCAUCACUCAACUCCAAUUCCUCUGGACCUUGAAAAACAACUCAAUGAAGCAAAGUCCAGAAAUGACUCCAUCAUUGAGAGCCUGAAAAAACUUGGAGCCCCUGUGACCUUCAACAUGGCCUCGGCCCAUCCUGACCUCAGCCUUUCUCAGGAUCUGAAAACUGUGACAUUGGUCAUGAUGCGUCAGAACUCCUCAAAGGAACCAGUGGAUCCGCAGCGCUUCUUCCCGUUCCGUUGCGUAUUGGGCUCCCCAGGCUUCUCCACCGGCCGACACACCUGGGAAGUGGAACUCAGUGGGCACCUGGGCAGGGCUUGUGAUGUGGGAGUGGCAUGGGAACAGGUGCCAAGGAAGGGCAGCUUGACCCUGGAGCCUGCCAGUGGCUUCUGGCUGCUGCACAUCACCAGGUUUGAGUGCCAUGUGCUCACUGGGAGAGACUCGCGGGAAAACCUCCAGGUCUGCCCCAGGAGAGUGGGUGUCUGUCUGGAUCUUGAGGGCAAGGAGGUCAGCUUCUAUGACGCUGAUACCAACAACCACAUCUAUACUUUCCAGGCCUCCUUCCAGGGAAAGAUCUUCCCUUUUUUCAGGCUGCUGUUCUCAGGUACCCAGAUCACCCUGAGCCCCUAG